AUGAAGCUACGCAUCUCUAGGCCGCAUAUACGGGUCUCGCAGGGCGUGUCCGCAUUUGCAGCAGGCAAUGCACGAUGGACAAACCGUGAUCUGGACCCGAUUGCUAAAAAUGCGCGCAAAUGGGGUGUAUCCAGUAUAAUAGCAUAUUGGAUCUCCGAUGCCUUGAACGCAGCAACCUGGCAAUUUGCGAGCGGUAUGAUUGCCGUCGGCCUUACCUAUCGUGAAGCCCUAGGCAUCGUCGCCUUGUCCUUCUUUAUCAUAUCGUUGGUUAUCGCAGCAAACGGUACUGUAGGCGCCAUAUACCAUGUUCCAUUCCCUGUGAUUGCUCGUGCCAGCUGGGGCUUUUGGGGCUCAUAUAUCGCCAUCAUCUCACGAGUCAUCCUUGCCAUCUUCUGGUUUGCUAUACAAAACGUCAACGGCGGAAAUGCUGUCCGUGUCAUGAUUGGAGCAAUCUGGCCAAGUUUCUUGGAUCUUCCAAAUGGUAUCCCCGAGUCACAGGGAAUUACGACAGCCGGUAUGGUCGGGUUUCUGAUCUUCUGGUUGAUCCAGGUUCCGUUCCUUUGCAUGCAUCCAAAUAGGCUGCGCUGGUUAUUUACAAUCAAAUCGAUUCUGGUUCCCAUCGCUUGGAUCGCUAUCUUGAUAUGGUCGUUUGUCACCGUGAAAGGCGGUGGUGGCGUAUUCGCAAAGCAGGCUCCAACAGCCUCCGGGUCCAAGUACAGCUGGCUUUUCUUGGCCAAUAUGACAUCGGUACUGGGAAACUUUGCCACAUUAUCUACCAAUAUGGCGGAUUUCACUCGAUACUCCCGCGUCAGUCCCCGUUGGCAGCUCCUAUAUAUCCCUAUGCUGCCUAUCGUAUUCACCUUCUUUUCCUUCAUUGGCAUCGCCGCCUCGUCCGCUGGUCAAGUUCACUAUAAUCUCUCGUCUAUCCCAUGGGAUCCAACAGUCCUGAUCAGCUACUGGCCCAACCGUGCGUGUCGCUUUUUCGGCGCAGCUUCCUUUGCACUAGCCUCCCUGGGCGUGAACAUCUCGGCCAAUUCUCUUUCGGCCGCUAACGAUUUCACCGCACUGGCACCACAAUAUAUCAACAUCCGACGAGGGCAGAUCCUAUGUGCCUUGCUGUCGUGGUGUCUUGUUCCCUGGAAGAUCCUCGAAUCAGCAGGCAAUUUCCUUACUUUCAUGUCUGCAUACGCCAUCUUCCUUGGUCCUAUUGCUGCAAUCAUGAUGUUUGACUAUUGGGUUAUCAACCGCCGUCGAUAUGACUGCCUAGCUCUAUACCAGCCUCAUAACCCGAGAUAUCGCUAUACAUUCUCCAUCCCUGGGUUCUCAGGUAAGAGUAUGUCCGGCACAAACUGGCGCGCCGUGUUGUCUUUUAUUGUUGGUGUCGUGCCGAGUCUUCCCGGACUGAUUAACUCUGUGAACUCUCAUAUCGAUGUCGGCGUCGGUAUACAUCCAUAUGAGUUCGGGUGGCUGUUGGGCUUCGUUGCGACAUCUAUUGCAUAUCUUUUGUUAUCAUGGCUAUUUCCUGCGCACGAGACUCGGAUUGACCGUGCUGUUCUACCUGACGAGGUAUACGAUAGAGGCAUGGUGGUCGAAGGAAUGGAAGCAGAUGACCCAGACAAGGAUGUGGUUCCUGAUACACAGGAGAAACGUAUGGAUGUGGAAAAGGCUGUCUAG